UGUUCCAUUAGGUUAAGAAAUCUAAUGCAGAGUUGACGCAACAUUACUAGCAAGGGAGAAUGUUCUGGUUUAAUUUUGCUAGUGUCUUGCUUCUCUGGAAUCUAAAGGCAUCCGAAGGAGCUACGGAGCUGCUGCAGAAUCCUGGCUUUGAGGAUGGAACUAAUCAUUGGAACCUUUGGGGAUUUACGUCUGAGGCACAAACUGCAGUUGUCCAUGGUGGUCAUUCAGCGCUGAAAUGCUCUGGAAGAACACAGACCUGGCAAGGACCAUCUCAGGAUGUGGUGGUCAAGCCUGGAGGUCAGUAUGCUUUCAGCGCUUUUUUCAAGCUAGCCGCUGACGUCCCAGGGGUCGCUUCUCAAUCUGUCGCUGUCAAGAUUCAUUUUAAGUUUCAAGACACAGGUGAAGAUAAUUAUUUUCAAAUAACCAACGUGCCUAUCAUCAAAGCUGCAGACGGCUGGAUACAGCUUGGAGCAGACUUUGUGGUCCCUACUAGAGAGCACACAGCCUCUUCCCUGUACUUGGAGGGCCCAACACCCCAGGCAGAGUUUUACUUCGAUGACGCCUCUCUUACCGAGAUACCAGAGAAUCCGAAUUGGAAGACAGAAGCUGACCAGCGCAUUGAAACUCUGAGAAAGAGCAAUAUCAAUUUCAAUGUCAAUGUGGCUCCAAACUUCAAUGUUAAUGAUCUUAAGCUUCAGAUCGAUCACACCAAACAUUUAUUCGGCUUUGGAACUCAAAUACGUAGUGACUACAUAGUUAGCCCAGACUACCAACAACUUCAGAACAUUAUCUAUUACCUGUUUAACUGGGCCACUAUAGAGGAAUACAAGUGGACCUACAACAGAGGCACCAGAGAAAAUCCUGACUUUACCACGGCUGUAGCUGCCACAGAUGAGCUUCGAAAGCAUGGGUUAAACGUUCGUGGUCACUGCAUGUUCUGGGCAGUGGGAGGAGACACACAACCAAGUUACGUGACCGCCAUGUCUGGACAAACUUUAAAAGAUACAGUCGAUGAACACAUACGUUACAUGACUGGAAUUACCAAGGGGAAACUGUCUCACUGGGAUGUCAACAACGAGCUACUUCACGGGAACUUCUAUGAAAGCAAGACAGGAGAUGACCACUACACACAACACAUGUUUAGGACAGUACACUCAUUAGACCCUACCCCAAAACUUUUCCUCAAUGACUAUAGUGUCGUGGCCAAUGGCGAGUACACGCUGGCUUAUCUUUCACAAAUCCAACAAUUCAAAGCUGCCAACGUUGGCCUCGGGGGUGUCGGUGUACAGAGUCACAUGCCUUCAAAUAUCAGACCUAGUCCGACCCUACUCAAGCAUAGGCUGGACAUCUUAGCCCAAGCUGGAGUACCAAUGUGGGCAACAGAAUUAGAUUUGAUGGCACAUGACGACAACUCCAGAGCUGAUUGGUAUGAGAUCAUCUGGCGAGUGUUCUUCAGUCACCCUGGUGUUGAUGGCAUUAUAUUUUGGGGCAUCUGGGAUCACGACAAAAGUCCUGACUAUGGACUUCUUCAUGGCUACAGCUAUACAUUGGACAAGGCUGGUCAGAGAUUUGUUCAGUUGACUAAAAACGAGUGGAGCACUCAUGUGAACAGGUCACUGUCGUCUGGAACAUCUUUCAACAUCCGGGGCUUUCAGGGAGACUAUGACGUGAUCGUCUGGUACAAAGAUAAACCAAUAAAAAAACAGACUUUUCAUCUGGGGAAGACUGACCAGACCGUCACAGUGGACAUAUCAGGAGAUGGACACGAAAUUCAGCUUCCCCCCCAAAAUGAUCCAUUCGCUACUGUACCUGUCACCCACGAGACUACGAGCACUGGACUGUGGACCAUGGGUCAAGCCACGUCCACUUCAUCAAACAAUCAAUUAACUUGCACCACGAGGUGGUCUGCUGCGUCAGAAGUGGGAGACGACAAGACAAUAGAAGUCGGCUGCAAUGGAGACGAAGUGCUGACUGGAUGUUCUAGUCUCUUAAAAAAUAAUGAUUGGACUCGAGAUGGGGAAAAAAUGACAUUAACUAAUGGAAAACCAGUUUGUCAGGCCAUCAAUGGAGCUGGAUCUAGCAUAGGUACCCAUGCCGUAGCUCGCUGUUGCAGUCUGAGCGGUCUGUCAUGUACGUAUAAGUCUGCUGGACCUGCGGGUAUUGGUGUUGAUGACCAGCUCGUGAUCCCAUGCGCCUCUGAUGGCUAUCCACUGGGUUGUGCUGCGACAUCUUGGCUAUCUACUUUUGAUGGAACAAUUUUCACGAAUACAUCUUGCAUAGCUCAGAAUGAUGAGCCUAGACCAACUGUCUACGGCAGUGCUGCGUGCUGUAAAGGUGGAAACAUCAAAUGCUCAACUCUGGUGUCUGCACCAAGUGGUCAGAAUGUUGGGGACAAAGCGUCCAUUGCAUGUCCGAGUGGUCAAGUGAUGACUGGGUGCAACGUGUUCACAGAGAAUGCCAAAGCUGCUGGAGCUUAUAUUGAAGCUCAAAAUGGUGUGGAUACCUGCAUUGCUGUCAACGGUUAUGAUAGAUUUGGUUCAGAAAAGGCAGUUCAAGCCUACAUUACCUGCUGCCAUGUCUAGGAUUUCUUUAAAGCUACAAGAAAAUCAUAUUGGAGUUGAAGUGUUUAGUUUUCUUUCUAAAUCACAAUAAAGAAAAGAAAGUCCGA